AAAAACAUACCAUCUGGCAAUUCUUUCGGUCACUGACACUAUAAAUAUUUGAUACGAAAAACGUGAAUGAACACGCCAGUGCCUCACAAAAACUUAAAGCCAAAUCUAAAAUGAGAGCCUUCAUCACACUUAUCCUCGUAGCCUAUAUUGCUGCUGACGUCAGCGCAGAAGGAACUUGUUCCAAGUCCUGCAAAGCUGUCUGUGCCAUCAACAAGCAGGUCUGCGAGCUCACUGGCCUUCUGGGGCCCCUCUGCGAAGCAGGCUCCGGUUUCUGCACCAAGUCCUGCGGCCUGAACUGUGCCUGCAUAGACCUCUGCCAGGAUCAGUGCGGCGCGGAGCUACAAAAGUGCAAAUCGGAAAACGCCAACGGACUCCUGUCCUCUGUCACGUGUCUGGGCAAGUUCAACCAAUGCGCUGCCGUCUGCGGGACCCAGUGUGCUUCCAACGCUGCCAGCGGCAUUCUGAACCAAAUCAGCAGUUUAUUACCGUGAAAUUAACUCACGUUAAUAAAAUAUAAAUUAAAACAGAAGAAGGAAAUGACGCAGACUUUUAUUUGUAUAAGAGCGGCGAAGAGAUAAUGAAAGAAACGAGCUAAUAAAAAAAUAUUUUAAAAUUAA